GAAAAGGCGCCCCAGCAAGCGCAAGGAGCAAGCUGCGCCAGAGAAGGAGCGGGCCAAGGCCAAGUUUGUUAAGGGGAGUGGCCGCCGGGUGGUGGAGGAGGAGGACCUAGACGAGGGCAUGUGUGGUUCUGCAGGCGAUGGCAGUGAGAGUGAUGACGAUGCCAGUAGCAGUGGUGAUGAUGCGAGCGUUUCUUCUGAUGAAGACAUGACAUGA